AUGGUCGGUUUUGGGCAACUCACGAAUGUCCAGAUGCUAGGGUAUUAUCAAGCCCAGCACGCUCGUGAUCGUAAACCUUUUCUGGCUUAUGUAUUACAAAUCGUUACAUCUACAUCUCAGUAUCUCAUCUAUCGUCGGUACUCUCAAAUUGCAUCCUUAGCCACAAAACUUCAUUUUCAUCCAUUGGUCGGUUUACCGCCAAAAUAUGCUCUUCAAGUGUUUCCACUGACGGAACAACAACUUCAAGAACGUUUUCAAGGUCUUCAGGUUUUUCUGCAGGAAGUAUUACGUCAUCUAUUGUCUCAAUAUCAAGCCGGAUUACAUCAUGAUAUGAAUUCAAGUGCUGGGUUAGAUAUGCAGCUUUUUUGUGACUUUGUGGCGUCUCAGUGGAACCGACCACCAAAACCGGUAACCGGUGAAUUACCGGAUUGGGCCAAACCACUAUUAAUGACCACAUGGGCUGAUGUGGACAGUAUUACCGAUAGUGAAGAUGAAGCAGGAAUAAUAUUAGAGAGUGAAGAGGAUGCAUACGAUAAUAUUGAGGAGGAUCAAGAAAAGACCGUGGAGGAUCAUGAGGUGGAGGAGCAUCAAGUACGUGAAGUACCAAGUGAUUGGACAUUGAUGCAAUUUCGAAAUGAAGUAUUACAAGCAGAAGGGAAUUUAAAUGCCUUCUGGCACUGUAUACGUGCUUAUAUGCAAGCAACAACAACAUGGUGGGGAGCAACUGCUGCUGUAGUGGAGGAAUACAAACGAGUGACUGAAAUAUCAUUGUUUGAAACGACAAAGAAAAAGAGUGAAGAAGGUGGGAAUACACACGCAGUUCAAUUAGUUCAAGCAUUGAGUCAGGUACUCGAGACUAUUCAGCCUGAAUUUCAUCGAAAGUGUGAGGAUGGAGUACUAAAACUAUUGGGAGCACUGAGUCAUGACGUGUUGCCAGAGAUAAAGCAUACGUACUGGACACGACAUACUAGUCUUGAUCAUGAAGAUCUGGUGAAGAAUACAAAUUUGCGUCGACUUCAACAGGAACGAGAGGCGUUGCACGUCAAGGUAAGAACUGACGUGGAAAAUAGUAUGACAGCCUUUGUGGCGCUUCAGAAUGAGAUGCUGGCUGCUAUACACGAUCAAUUUCACGGCGUUGAGCAAGUACAGAGUAUACCACGACAGCGCAGCCAGUCACAGCCAGUGCUAACCCGACGAAACAGCCAUCAAAGACGCACAAGUUCUCGAGCUAUCAGUUUUUCUCUAACGCAGUCUUCCUCAGCGCAGGAUACUGACGAUAAAAGCACUUCGGUGUUGAACAAUACAGUGCUUACUGAUGAUAACAUGGAGUUGCAGGUAUCUACAACUGCAGUGUCGUCCGCUGUUGGGGAUUUCGCAGCCUUAAAAAAUGAAGCUGACACCACUGUGAACUCGAACAAAUAUUGUGAAAGCAUAGAAGAGCAAAAUGACAAAGAAAGUGAUGACGAAGAAAGAAGCGCUGAAGACGAAACAAUAGUAGGAAAAGUGGCAGAGGUAGAGAACGAAGAUGCAGUGGAUCAGCAUAUGAAGGGGCACAUGUGGGUGUGGGGGGCGACCUCCUAG